GUGGCCCAUCCGACGCCCCAGAACCUGGAGAGCCUGUGGAGGAGCGCGCUUUUUUUGGGAAGCUCGUGUGGGUCUUGCGACUGCCACUGGGGCCGCGACGCCUCGGUCUACGAGAUUCCGCCUCGGCUAAGAAAGGCGUUAAGCCCGCGGGCUCGACGACAACCUCGUUUUUCGGCCCAAGGCCGACUCGGGUCGUGGCCACAAUGCGCCCGCGACCGCCGUUCUUCAUCUCUGAUACAUGGCUCCAAAUCCUCGCGUCGCCAUCAGGGGCAAUGCUCCCUGUUGCGACUGACUGGUUGCCGGAAUUUAUGCGGAAUCCUCUCAUGCGCAGCGCAACCCUGCCGGCGUGGUUACCAUCUACGGAUUAAUGGUGCAAGUUUUCGGCGGGUACUCCCAGAGCCUACUGCUGGCAUUGACAUUGGUUGCGAGGCAAGUAAACAUGACGUUGGGAUAUGGCGACGACGCGAAUGCUGUUGUCUCGGAGAUAGACCAGAAAGACUAGAUACUGUGUAGUUGGAGAGAAGGGUGGUGCGCCUGGUUGCACCACCCUGUCCUUUUAGCCCAAAAAUUGGCCGUCUCGGGAAUUUUCAACUCACUCUCAUCAAAACUUUCUCACACCGUACGGUCAAAUCGCAUGUGAAAACGUCACGCCCACAAGGCCAUCCCAAGCAUCCCAUACCCAACACACAACCAGACCUGACACCCAGAACCCACCCCGAGCCCCCAGGUCAAUCAAAAUGGGUGUCGAGAACAAGCGGACGCUGACAAAGACCCGCCGGUACAGGAGGGACAUCGACCAGAUCAAGGCCGACCUGCUGUCGCCCAAGCACCUGAAGCAGUACAAGGACACCAAGCUCGUCGAGGACCUGCCCGCCCUGGGCAGGCACUACUGCGUCGAGUGCGCCAAGUGGUACGAGGCCGAGUCCGCCCUGGUCGCCCACAGGCGUGGCAAGCCUCACAAGCGGAGGGUCAAGCAGCUGAAGGAGGAGCCCUACACGCAGAAGGAGGCUGAGGCCGCCACGGGGCUGUGGACUGACAACAAGGGCCCCGCCAAGCCCAAGACCGACGACGUCGACAUGUCGUGAGCGAGCGCGGAUUGGACGGGUGGUUACUUACCUACUAUACCUGCUGGGCCCAUCUCCUGGUCUUCCGCUCCCCGGGCUCGGCAAACUAGCCCCACGACAACUGCUCCGCGAUGGGAGAGCGAGGGCAUCGCCACGGUCAAAGGCGGCGAAACCUGGGCAUGGCUCCACGGUGGGAUCGACGCACAUCAGGGCCAGCGUCUCGAGGACAGUUGGGAUCUUACCGAUGAGCUGAACUGUAAGGUGGAAGAACGAACUCUGGUCAUCCAGCCCUGAGGACCUGCUCCUGGCAUCCUGGGCGCGGAGCUAGCCGGUAUCCUGUCAUCACAGCCCCAAAGGAUCGUCGACAGGAGGCAAAGCGAGCCGAGAAUGGCCUUGACGAUGGUCACACGGUCUGGUCGCUGUCACAAGGAGGAGGUAGACGCCGCUUGAGAGCAGGACGUGCGUCGGUAAUACAGGAUCAAUUCAAGACAAGUCGGUCGUGUG